UGUGUGUGUGUGUGUGUGUGUUUGUGUAGGGCAUCGAUUACUUCAUGUCUAAAGGUAUACUAGUGGAUCAUCCAACAGAGCUGGCUAAGUUCAUCUUCUACACCAGACGGCUCCACUGGAAGAUGCUGAGGAUUUACCUGGAUGAGAGGCGGGACGUCCUGGACGAGUUGGUGACCCUCCAUAACUUUAGCAACCAGUUCCUCCCCAACGCUCUGCGGGACUUCUUCAGACACAUCCACGCACCAGAGGAGAGAGGAGAGUAUCUGGAGACCCUCAUCACCAAGUUCAGCCACAGGUUUUGUACCUGUAACCCUGUCCUUGUCCGAGAGCUGGGCCUCAGUCCUGAUGCGGUGUAUGUGCUGUGCUACAGUCUGAUCCUGCUGUCCAUCGACCUGACCAGUCCCCACGUCAAAAACAAAAUGUCCAAGAGGGAGUUUAUCAGGAACACUCGCCGAGCGGCACAUAACGUCUCGGAUGACUUUGUAGGCCACCUCUACGACAACAUAUACCUGAUUGGCCAUGUGGCCGUGUAGUUCCACCUACCAGAUGUCCCAGAGAUCCUCACACUGCACUGAAGAAUAGGAACCGGUGAUUGGGUUGCUAUACAUGAAAGUAUGGAACACUGUGGAAAUGGAUUUUAACAAUUUUCACAACAACCAAUAAAUCUUACGAUAAAGGCUAGAAAAACGAAUGAAAUUCACCACUGUACUGUGAGAGAGACUGUGCUUAUUUGAUUUUAAUCAAAGGUGUGAAACAUCUGAAAUGUCUUUCAAACCGUGUCACUGCAAAGGAGGUUUUUGAAGUGGAACAAUGAAGACGAGCUCUGAUACUGCACUAACGGAUGGCGACUACUGAUUGGUGGAGGGAGGAGGAGGAGCACAGCCCUCACAGAUCCCGGGACAAUGCUGCUGUUUUGCACUUGGACAGCAGCUUCACGUUUACCAGUGGGACAAGUGACACAGGGGACGCUAAAUCCACUCACUAAUAUCUCUAGUAGCAUUUCCAGUAACAUUAGAGCUAUUCGGCAAAUCAAAUGACCUUGAUGCAUUGUCCAGUGGUAACAACCACAAUGUCAAGAUGUGUCAAGUGUCGAGAGUCAACUAGAUCUGUUUUUCUGUGGCUAAUACUAAAUGAUGUUUUUGUUUUUUUUUGCAUCUUACACACUGUCAUGCAAGAACACUGUCUUAUUCCUAUCCUUAAUCUCUCUUAUGUCUUUUGAAGUUUGCUUGUAUGUGUUCCAAUUCACCAAACUGCACAAAGACUUUAAACUUUGGACUUUCUCGUCCCCAAGGGUAAAUUUCUCUCCACAGCACGUUAGACAAUAGUACAUACAACAACUCAACAGUACCAACUUACAAUGUCAGACAACAGGACACACUCAGGUCUAUUCAGCGAGGCCUGUUGUUUAUUGCAUGGCUGCAGGGAUCAGGCUUUACCCAAAGCGAGUCCAUCUACACCUCAGUGCUCUGUACCUGCACCCAGAGGCAAGGAGGGUGAGCUGGUGAUUGAGUAGGUGUGUGAUUUCCUGCUCUGUUGAGGUUAGAAUGCUAGCAAUGCUUAUUGUUAAGCUCUGCAAGGUUGGGUGUUGGUAGACCAAUUAUCCUGGCAGCGGCGCUGGUUAUGUGUACGAGUUCAUUUUAGUCUAUUUAAUUUCGGUCUCAUUAAAACUCCAAAUGCAUUCAGAUUAAGAAAUCUAUGAUUAAUAAGUCAGACGAGCGCUUUCUUCCGCUGGGGAGAAAGUUAUCUGUACAUGACUCAAACCACGGGUCCACUCCUGAAUUUUAAAGAGAAAAUUCCAAGUAUGACAAAUGUGAAAUUAUUGAACAUACAUGUAAAUCCUAAAAACUGCAUUCGUUAAAAUGGAUGGUUUCAUAAUAGUUCUGAUUGUCGCACAUGUAGGUAAAAGCAAAGUGUCAUGCAGUAUUUUCAGUGUUGUAGGAACCAACUAGCUAAUAUUUCGUGUGAGCUUUUGUCCAGAUUAUGAUUGAAAUUGAAUGUAUUAAAGUGGUUACUCACACAUUACAUUAGGGGAAUUUGUAAUCACAAUGCUUUGCUUUUGGAGGUGACAUGCUUCAUGUGCAGCAGAUAGAGUACAGAAGCUGCUCUGUUACGCUGCUUUAUGAGGAUGCUAGGUACUGUAGUAUUUGGGAAGUCAGGGGUUCGUGAUGGACCUGGCUCUAAUUCUGGCUUCAUCAUCAAGGAAAUGGCUGAAGUCAAGUGGAGAGAAAGACGAUGUUAAGUGAAGUAAAUCAUUCUGACUCUUGAAUUGUCACAGAAGGACAACACUACGGGCUGAAGCCUGUGCAGUAAAUUGUAUGAGGUUCAUGAAGUUCUUGUGUGUUCAGAAUAAUCCUGCUAGAACUUCAUAUUUUUGCACAAUGCACACAUUCCACAGCGAUGAAGUUAUUGCUGCCAUGGUAUAAUGGCACAAUCCAUCAAUUUACAUUAGACAUGUAGUUUUAUAAUGACUGUAAAACACCACAACCACUGCAGCUGUCAAAAGAGGUGUGAGUCUUCCAGAAAGGACAAAUGAAAAAAGAGAAAAUACUCUUAUUUAUCACUAUAAUUAGUAGCGUGGUAAAGUAAUGGGCACAUAUACUGUAUAUGUGUAAUGUGAAAUGAUGGAUUACAUUUGUCAGUGCAGGAAUAUGUGUGUUGUUUUCCAUGGAUUUCUUUGAAAUAGUGGAAGCUGGAGCCUAUAGAGGUGAGAAGAUGUGGCGUCUGAUGCUACAGUGGUAUUCGUGUGUGAAAGCCAAUCUGGAGAAAUGGAAGUGUACAAAAUACUUUGAUCAAGACGUAUUGAUGAUACAAUGAUGACAUUUUCAUAAAAAUGAAAUCAGUUCAACAGUGGUGCCCAUCAGACCUCAAUGCAGCAUAAUAGUCACUCUGUGCCAGUGGCUUCAAGUCCCAGCAGCUAGCAUGUAGCCGCAACAGUGAGGUGUCACUGAAUGUAACCAUAGGAACCAACAGAAUGACAACAUGAAGCAGUUUUUUAAAUCCCAAACUAGAAAGCUAGUUGCAAUACCAACCAACAUUUAUUCAUUUUUUGAUUUGUUUUCUCGGUAAAUUCUGUAUAAUAAGAGCCUCUUCAUUGGAUUGUAAAUCUGACUGUGGCUAACCUCACAACAUUAAUAGUGUUGAUGAUUCUUUGUUGCUGAUUUAUCUCUGAUUUAGAGCUAUAACCUCAUUGUUUUCUUUAAAUUAUGAAGGAAAUGCACUUCCUGAUGUGUGUGUUUUUCUUUUCUUUGUUGUUACCAGAAGACUUUAUGACUGACAAAAUGUACUGAGAAAUUGUUCCAAUUAUGUGACUCAUUAAAUCUGGGUUUGAUUUUA